CAGGGGCCGGGAGCUGGGGAGGGGACGUCGGUCCGGAGCGGGCCCUUUGUCUGGAGCGGCCGGUGGGGAGUCUCGGCGGCGGCACCACCGGGAGGCGAGGCGAGGAGAGGCGGCGCCGGGAGCCCCCACCCCCGGCCCAGCCUGGCCCCGGCUCAUCAUGUGACGCGGGAUUGAAGUGGAUCUAGGGACGAACGGAUGACUGAAUACUCAUAUGAAGAGGAAAGCCAUAAAAGACAUCAACGCCUUUGAGAACAGAAUGUUAAUGCUUGAUGGGAUGCCGGCAGUCAGAGUCAAAACAGAGCUGUUGGAAUCCGAGCAAGGGUCUCCAAACGUCCACAACUAUCCAGAUAUGGAAGCUGUACCCUUGUUACUAAACAACAUGAAAGCAGACCCCACGGAGGAUUCAUUAUCUACAGACCAUUUCCAAACACAGACUGAACCAGUGGACUUGUCAAUAAACAAAGCCAGGUCGUCCCCUACAGCAGCUUCAUCUUCACCAGUUUCCAUGACAGCAUCAGCCUCCUCCCCUUCUUCCACUUCUACUUCUUCUUCUUCUUCUAGUCGGCCAGCUUCAUCACCCACAGUAAUAACAUCGGUAUCCUCAGCAGCAUCUGUACCGUCAGUAUUAACUCCAGGUCCUCUUGUGGCCUCUGCAUCUGGUGUUGGAGGCCAGCAGUUUUUGCACAUUAUCCAUCCUGUACCACCUUCCAGCCCCAUGAACUUGCAAUCCAACAAAAUGAGUCACGUGCACCGUAUCCCGGUGGUGGUACAGUCAGUACCUGUUGUCUAUACAGCUGUGAGAUCACCUGGGAAUAUGAACAACACUAUAGUAGUACCACUGUUAGAGGAUGGGAGAAGCCACGUCAAAGCACAAAUGGACCCCCGAGGCCUAUCUCCCAGACAAAUUAAAAGUGACAGUGAUGAUGACGACCUGCCAAAUGUGACCUUAGAUAGCGUUAAUGAAACUGGAUCUACAGCGCUUUCCAUAGCCAGAGCAGUACAAGAAGAGAGCAUGUGGGGCUGUGCCAGGUCAGCUGUUAACCCUUUUCGUUUUUUCAACUCCAGUUCAAUUUCACCGUUCAGUAUUGAGAGCACAAGGCGUCAGAGGAGGUCUGAGUCUCCAGACUCCAGGAAACGACGCAUCCAUCGGUGUGACUUUGAGGGAUGCAACAAAGUAUACACAAAAAGUUCCCACCUGAAGGCUCACCGGAGGACGCACACAGGAGAAAAACCCUACAAAUGUACCUGGGAAGGCUGCACCUGGAAGUUUGCUCGCUCCGACGAACUGACGAGGCAUUACCGCAAGCACACAGGAGUGAAGCCAUUCAAGUGUGCAGACUGUGACCGCAGCUUUUCCCGCUCAGAUCACUUGGCGCUCCACCGCCGUAGGCACAUGCUGGUUUGAGAAACGCUACCUGUUCCAGCCGAAUUUAAGAGCUGGGUCUCUUAACUACCCGGAGUGAAUUCAGCAGGGCUGAAUCCCCCUCUACAGUGUUAACAGGCAGGGCUUCCCCUGAUGUCCGUAACAUAACGUAGUAACAGAAAUUAUCAAAAAAGGCAGGAAAAGAAGUGCCACUCUUCUCACCAUCUGAAGUUAACCCCGCCUGCCCCUCAGCAUGGCUACCCCCUGAAAGUGUCAUCACAAUCACCUGGGAAAUAGCAGCCGAAAUGCUACGGGAAUGGGCAUUAUUUUACAUGCUGCAUCCUUUGACAAAAAGGUGUUUAUAGCUUGUAUGGUUUCUCAGCUGUCGGACAUUCUGUUUCUGAAAAAUCACUGCUGAUUGGAGGAUUAGACACCACAAAUUGAUGAUGAUGUUGAAGAUGAAAGCAAGACCGCUAGACUUUUAUUAUCCCAUCUUUUCCCCUUAUUUUGAAUACCAUCUAGCUGGUGGUCAACAUUACGCCUGAGCUGUGCUACAGGCAAGCUGCAUGUGAGUAGGCAAGAAGCUUCUGUUGGAGAGGUCCCAGUGUCAGGGCUGAAGGGUUGCUUGAGCAGACUUUUACAAUAAUGGUGGUGGCAUUUCAGUAUUGUACCACAAUUGUCAUUAUGCCCUAGAGGACACCAGCCAUUUAACCUUUUUCUUUUAUCUUUCUUUUCCUUUCUUUUCUUUUGUUGUUGUUGUUGUUGAAGUCUGUAAAAUAAACAAGGGGCAGCAGCAUUUCUGCUGAAAGUACAAUA